AUAAAAAUUGAAAACCCGCCGGAGCGCAUCGUCAUUCUUCAUUUGGCGCCAUUUCGCUGCCUCUGGCUCUUCCAGUUCUCCCAAAAGACGAGACGCACCCAUUCUCUCCAUUUCGCUAUCUGCUUCGUUCUUCGGGUUUAUGUUUGAGCUAGGAAGCUUGCGAUUGGGGGAGACGGGAAGCUGCCAUUUCAUAGUCGCAGACACACCAAAAAGGGGGCAUUGAUAAGAAAACAGUCUGGGAGAGUCAUCAGAAUAAUUGAACAAUAUGGCAUCAAGUUUGGGAGGGGCGUCGGUGUCGCAAACUGAUGAUUUUGAGACGUUCACUCCAACGACAGAUGUUGAGCCUCUAAAGAGGGCCUGGCGUAAUGAAAAAGCUGCUCCUGAGAUUCUACCCUUUGAGGCAUCUUUGGUUGGGAGAAUCAAAGAGCAGAUUCAAUUAAUGGAAGAUACUAUAGAGGAAUAUUCAAGAAGUGGCAUCGAUCCCCUAAUUGUAUCACUCUAUCAGAUGGAUUUAGAUAGGACACAGUUCUUGUUGAGAUCAUAUAUUAGGAUUCGCUUACAGAAGAUUGAGAAGUACAUGCUCUAUAUCUUGAAGUCGGAUGAACUUUUCAGACGGCUUUCUGAGGAAGAGAUAACAUUUACUGAUAGGUGUAGUCAUGAUAUGAAAAAACAUUUUGAUGAGAGUGUUCUAUCAAAAUUGCCAAAUAAUUAUCAGGACAUUUUGAGGCAAUCUAUAAUAAGUGAAGAGGAUGACAUGGUUCCAGAACCUCCACUGGACACGUUUGUGGUCUGCAAAAGUAAGGAAUAUCUUGAACAUAUACAGCUUGAGGAUGAGGAAGAGAGGGCAUCUAGUAGAGUAGAGGAACCUUUUGAGAUGGAGGCCAAUGUAUUACACAUUAUUCGCUACAAGCCUAUAAAAUCACUUGUAGAGAGCGGGAGAAUUGAUUUGCUGUAGACUAUCUUCACAGCAGCUUCGAACAUCGGUACCCUUCACCAUCUUUAUUAUCUUGCUCAAUCUGUGUGUGAUAAAAGGCAUUUUUCAACUUAGUUUUGGUAGUUUCAUGGCCUUAAUGUUGGUCACUGUUCCAUAAAGCAAAUAAUGUUAAGAGCAGUUGAAAGGUUUGAAAACCAUUCCUGGUUGGUUUUUCAAGGUAACCAAUUGUCCAUAAUGAACUUUGUAGCAUCAGUGCAACCAACUACUAAAAUAGUUAGCAUCUACCUUGAACUUCACUUU